AUGGGUGGUAGCCUGCAACAGAAAGAAAAAGAGGUUCCAGCGCAGAGGGGGAAGAUGCGGGAGGAGACGAAGCCGGAGGCGCCGGCGGGGGACAAGCGUGAGAAGGAGGCGGCGAAAAAGCACCGGAAACAGAGCAAGUCUGACAAGUCUGACCGCAAGAGCUCUCACAAGCGAAAGGAGACGAAGGAGCGAGAAAUCCGCUACCCAGAAGCCGCCCCAGAGGGAGAGGCUGCGCCGAAAGGGAGCAAGAUCGGUGAGAGGAGCUCCAGGGAAGCCGACAAAGACGGGAAGAAGCGCAAAGAGGACAAGAAGAGCCAGAAGAGCGAGAAGGCGGAAAAGGAGCGCUCGCCGAAGUGGAGGAAAGAGGCAAAGGACGCCUCGAAGGAACACCGGAAGGCAAAGAGGAAAGACGAGUCGAGAGAGGAGAAGCCGAAGGACAGCAAAAGGGAGAGACGACGCGAACGCAAGUGGAAGGAGAGGAAGGCGCGCUCCCGCUCUCCGCAGUCCGCGGCUUCGAACGCCUCAGGCGUUUCGCGGCCGUCCUCUGCGCCCACGCGAGACUCGAGUCAGGCUACCGAGCUCCAGAGGCGAGGGAGAGACUGGUUGCGUCGGUCGGAUGGCGUGAUGGAGGAAUGCGACUCCGCAGAGGGGACGGAGAACGGGCGUAAAACACGCGGAGGCGGCGAUAGCGGCGCAGAGGGAGAGCAAGACGGCCGCGAAAGCAGACGGGGGUCCUCCGGCGACCGCCGACCGGGUUCUGGUGAGCGGAGGUGCGAAGCCCAACACGGGGAGGAGUCCGACGCGGGACAGGGCAAAGCUGGAAAACGAUCUCGUAGAGACGACAGCUCACGCCGCCGGGAUCGCAAGAGGAAGGAGAAUCGCCGCAGCAGAAAAAGUCGGUCGAUGGAGAGUCAUCGCGACGGCGACAAGGACGCGAAGAGGAAGUCGCGCCAUGGCCACCGCCGCAGACACCGAGAAGACAAAGACAGAGACAAGAAAAGGAGGCGAAACGCGUCGUCGAGGGAACGCUCGGCGUCGCUGUCGUCGUCUGCCUCUCACAGGCAUGACAGAUCGAAGCGGAGGCGGCGCAAUGACCGCGACAAGAAGCGCCGGCGCAGAGACCGGCGGCGACGCUCGCGAUGCUCGUCCUCCUCCUCGUCUCGAAGUUCCUCCUCCCUGAGUGACCUGCUCAAUCUGUCCGCUGAAGUGACGGCGAAGGAGAACGAACCUCUCAUCGCCACACCUGAGAAUCCGCUCUUCCCGUUCGCCGCGGCGCCGCCACCGCCGGUGCCUGGCGAGAAACCCAAAGACGCCUACCCGGCCUCUUCCUUCUUCGUCAACUUCUCGUAUCUCUCACUGCUGCCCACGUCGCUCCCCAAAACUGCAGAAGGCGAGGGCAACCCCGGUCAGUUUGCGGCGGCGCCCGCGGCGCCCGUCGCUGCGACGCUCAACACGAACCUGCCCACGGCGCCGCGUCUCUACAACACCGCGGCUGGCGAGAUCCCUCCGCCGCCUCCGACGCCUCCGCCGCCGACCACUGUCGCCGCGGCGCAGCAGCGGGCUUCCAACGCCGCGGCCUCCGCGACUGGCCUAUCCCUCGACGAGCGCCUCGCCGCACUGCAGAAGACAAUGGCGGAAGAGAACUCGCGACGCGCCGAGCAGGAACAGCGGCAACUGCAGGCAGCUGUGGAGGGACGCGGCGAAAAACCGCUCAUCAUGGACGUGAUGAAUGGCCGCGACCCUCCCGAGGGGGCUGCUACAGAGGAGGCCGCUGCGGCAGCGGAGGCGCCAGCGGAGAAGAAGACCGAGUCUGAGACGUACAACGCAGAGGAGCGAAUCGGCGAGGCUUUCGCCCAGCUGGAAGACCAAGAGGUGACGGUCACCAUCGCUGGUCCGGACGCCGGGCUCGAAGACCCCAAGAGGCUCCCGCUGCCUAUUGCCGAGGUUCUGGACUGCGAGAAGGUUCUGAACUCCGCCAUCAUGAGCAACCUCCUGCGGCUCGGCUACAAACGUCUCCUUCCCGUUCAGCGGCACGCCAUCCCCAUUGCCUCAGCGGGUCGAGAUAUCUGCGGCUCCGCCGCGACAGGCUGCGGCAAGACCAUGGCGUUCUUGGCCCCGCUCACCUCGAACCUCCUCAACCUCGGCGAGGUCAUCCGUCCGUUCUUUCCAGGGCCGCGCGCGCAGGCGUCGCCCACUGGCCUCGUCUUGGCUCCUACGCGGGAGCUGGCGCUGCAAAUCGGCGAGGAGGUUGGACGUCUCUGCCGCGACACGCCGCUGCGUCAUAUUCUCCUCAUCGGCGGAGUCCCGCAGUUCGAGCAGACGGAUAAGAUCAACGAGUAUCAGAUCGACAUCGCGGUGUGUACCCCUGGACGUCUAAUCGAUCUGUGCGACGCCUGCAAGAUCUCGCUGCACUACGUCCAGAUUCUCGUGCUCGACGAGGCAGACGCCAUGCUGAGUCUAGGCUUCCGCCCUCUGAUUAAGUCAAUUGUUCGAGAACGCGACAUGCCGAAGGACCGCCAGACGUUCCUGUUCUCGGCGACUUAUCCGCCUGAGCUGACUGAGAUGCUGCCGAUGGUGCUGAAGUCCUCCUACGUGCAACUGUCCGUCGGCUCCGCUGCGGAGCACGCACUGCCGGGAGGCAACCCGCCGUCGGCGCGCAAUUCGCUUGUCAAACAAAUUGUGAAGAUGGUCGACGAGCCUCUGAAGGCGAUGACGCUUCGGGCGGACCUGGAGGCGUUUUUGUCGCGGAACGAAGGCCAAGCGAUUGUCUUUGUGCGGAGCAAGAGGGCACUCUAUCCCACGCAGCACACCAUUCAGCUGGCUGGGAUCCAUACGGAGACGCUCAGCGGCAGCCUGGUGCAGCCUGACAGAGCCCAGGUGUUCAGGGACUUCCGCAGCGGAAAGUUCCCCGUUCUCGUCACGACCUCUGUCGCCGCGCGCGGCCUGGACUUCCCCAAUGUUGGCCUCGUCAUCAACGUCGACAUGCCGAUCGAGAUGGAGCACUACGUGCAUCGCAUCGGACGCACAGGGCGGGCCGGGCGCCGCGGCAUCGCCAUCAGCUACAUGAACUGGAACGACAAGCGCCUCGCGCCCGCGAUGAUCCAAAUUCUCAAGCAGCAUGAACAGGACGUUCCUUCCUUCCUGCACGACAUGGCUAAUACCUACUAA